UUCUGGCGGCUGGUUUACCAAACAAGUCAUGGCAGAGGAAGGAGCAGAAAGAUCCGUGAAAGCUUCCCUAACAGCGGCAGAGAAACAACUCCUCCGCCGCCGGCAGGAGCUCGACUACUGGAAGCAAAACGCAGCGCGGCUCCGGGGCCGAAACCUGCUGACCGGCUUGGCCAUCGGGGCGUUUGUGGUCGGCAUGUUUAGCUACACUAUCCUGUCCGUCAAACAGGAAAGGAUCAUGGACGAGCUGGAUGAUGAAGCCAAGAUCCACAUCAUCAGAGGGCCACGGACUGGUGCCAACUCCUGAUGUCGCCGUCUGUGAACUGUCCUGGACUACUUGGGUGGGGUGGGUGCUAUUGAGUGACAGCUAUACACUGUAUGGAGUUACAAAUGACUGAUGGGCUGCUCUUCAUUCAGACACUCGUGUACUACUAGUCACUCAAAUUUAGGACAUUUCAAAACAUUAGAGACUGUUUCUAUAGUUUCCUCUCUGUGUGGAAGUAUAUUAAAUGUUGUGUUGAAAUUGUUCACCUCUAUUGUGCAGUCUUGCCUCAUAUAUCACGUUGGCGCAAGAACCAACAAGCACACAUGCAAAGGAAAGAAAAGCAACUGACACUUGUCAUAAUCUGGUCCAAGAUAUAAAAUCUGUGCUGAAUCUGAAAUAUUAAAGGUUUUCAUAGACAAUCUGCGACCCACAAUUUCAAAACUGUAAUCAAUAUGUGAUAAUUAUGUAGGGUAAAAGUACCCGCACAGCCUUGCCUCCAUUAAACAUCUGUUUCUGAAUACGACAACAUCAGCUGGGUCAGUGCUCAGUCCGCCUUAACAGCAGAGACUUUAGAAGUUUGUGUCUGCAUGGAUGUGCACUCUGCUCAUUUUAGGGAAUGCAGAUACAAGUAACUGAGAGAAUUCUUUCUCUCUGUAACUUUUAUACUGUGUGUGCUUUGCUACGAGUCACAGGAACCUGCUGUGCAGUUAUAGUAAUUCAUAAUGUGCAUAUGUAUUUAGUGUUGAUCUGAGCAUAAUGGGUUAUGAGGAAGAAUGUUGAAGAAAUGUUAACGUGUAAAUAAAGAGCAGAGUAUUCA